UUUUUUUUUCUUCUUUUAUUUUAAUCAUCGCACGAUGCCCAAGAUUGUUUUUGACGAAGACGCAGAGAUCGUCGUACCUGAACCAACAAAGCAACCUGAUGUCAAUAUCCAUGAGGCCGAGUCUUCUGAUGAUGAAGCGCCUGAAGCUAUUUCUACUUCCAAAGCAAAAGAAACUUUGAUCUCAAAAGCACACGCAGAGAAAGAAGCUGCAGCAAAAGUGGCUGCAGCUGAGAAAGAAAAGCGUAGACAAAAAGACUUGUUAUUAAAGACUCAAAAAGAAGGCAGUAAAAGACAACAAAAGGAAUUAGAAAAAAAGAAAGCCAACAAAGAACAAGAAGAGCAACAAAAAGAACCUAAUUUACUACCUGACGAUUUAUUACAACAAGCUCUACAAGAACAAGAAGAAGAUAAAAGAAAAAGACACAUGACAGCAGAGGAUUUCGAGAGAAUGAUAGCUGAACAAGAAGAAGAAGAGAAAGAACGAGCCAAAAAGAGAAAGACAGUCCAUCAAGGCAAACAAGUAGGAGAAUAUACCGUCAAAGUACUCAAUCAACGUCCUAGACUACAAAAAGCCAAUAAGGUACUUUUAAAUGCUCGUCAUCAAACACUGCAUCGUAAAUCAGUGCCUAGAAAAGAAGCUGUUGUGAAUAUCAGUAGUGGCAGAGAAGGUGCUGCUUUAGUUUUCCGUCGUAAAUAAUAAAUUCCUUUUGGUGCAACUUUAAAAUUAA